CGAACUAGUAAAAGAUCAAGAAGGCUCUUGCAGUUGUCUUGGAAGACUUGUUUGUCAUCGCAGAUUCGCAUUGUCCAUUCCGAUCAGACGGAGGCCGGCUAGAUUAAAUCUACAUACAGGUUAUUUGGGGAACGUAGAGGAUUGGAUUCCUGUUUGCGGGCUAUUUCAUUUCGGGGUACACUCAGCUGUGAGCACAGUCAUUGCUGUGUAUUGUUGCUCGCCUCGUCAAGAAUAAGAAUGGCUCUCUUCCGUGGGGCACUGCUUACGAGGAGUGCUCUCUCUGCAUCUGUGCCAGCACUUUGUCGUCAGCAUGCGUCGCUUGUCAGACGAACUCCUCUUUCGAAAUGUAACAUGGGUGCGUCGCUUUCCUCCUCCUUGAAGAACUGCCUUGGGUCGUUGCGUCGCUGCGCCACCAAGCAAGCACCACCGUCUUCGCCCGCAGCCGGCCUGCCGUCACGUACCGAUCGCAUUGUGGGCAAAUGGCUACUAGGCUGUGCGGGUAUGGUGGUGGGAGCAGUGAUGCUUGGCGGUGUUACCCGCCUCACCGAGUCUGGCCUGUCCAUGACCGAUUGGCAUUUGAUUCGGGGCAUGAAGCCGCCAGUGUCGCAAGAGGAGUGGGAGGCCGAGUUCAACCGUUACAAGCAAUUCCCAGAGUUUGAACAAGUUCACCAUGACUUCCAGCUGGCAGACUUCAAGAAGAUUUUCUACAUGGAGUACAUGCAUCGCAUGUGGGGCCGUGCCAUAGGUGUGGCAUUCGCUCUGCCUGCUGCCUUCUUUGCCUACAAAGGCUGGCUGAACAAGGGGAUGAAGAUCCGAGUGGGAAUCUUUGGAAGUCUCAUCCUUUUUCAGGGUCUGUUGGGCUGGUUUAUGGUGAAGAGUGGUCUGGAGCAGCCAAAGGAAGCCACCGACAUUCCACGUGUCAGCCAGUAUCGCCUCGCCUCGCACUUGGGCUCAGCUCUGCUUCUCUACAUUCUCAUGUUCAGCUCGGGCCUGAAGAUACUGUUGCCGCACGCACAGACGGGAGGUGCACCGCCUGCUGGUUUGGGGCGUCUGCGUGGUGUUGUUCACUCUGUCAAGGGAUUGACGUUCAUCACUGCCUUGUCCGGUGCAUUUGUAGCCGGACUUGAUGCUGGACUGGUCUACAACUCAUUCCCAAAGAUGGCUGACCGUUGGGUGCCAGAGGAAGUGCUUGCUAUGAAGCCCCGCUGGAAGAACUUCUUUGAGAAUGCUGCCACCGUGCAGCUUGAUCAUCGCAUUCUGGGUAGUACUACAGCUACUUGUGCUGUGGGAGCGUGGGCACUCGCCAGGACUGUAGCCCUACCGCCACAGGCACGUCUCGCUGCGCACUGCAUGGCUUUCAUGGCCAUUGCCCAGGCAUCUCUUGGUAUCAGUACACUGCUGAUGCACGUCCCCGUGUCAUUGGCAGCAGCUCACCAGUCUGGCUCUCUCGCUCUCCUCUCAAUUGUGUACUGGCUGUCACUGGAGCUGAAGCGCUUGGCCAAGUGAUGAGUGCUGAAAGCAGACUGACCUUGCAGACAGGCAGGUGAUACUGAAUACUGACCAUGCAGACAGGCAGGUUGACGUGGUGCUGUAGCGCUCUGUCGUGUGGAUUGAAACAUUCCUGAAACGCUCGUCCCGGUAUCAUCACACACCGUACAGUUGUGUACAUCAUCAGCCGAUCGACCUGUGCCAGACACUGAUUUACUGCAUGUUUCCAUCAAGGCUUUGUGCUUACGUUAAACGUGUAUCAAACUGUACUAGUAGGACGUCUGGCCUGCCGUGUCUUGAGCAGAGUUGGGUGACCAGUUGCUUGGUUCAUGACGGAUUCUCAGUACAGGGUGCCUGUAUCAACCCCAGACCUCAAGCCAGUGGUGGUACAGUACGGAGCGCAGCACACCCCCUGUUCAGACACGGUGCCUUCUGCGUGCGCGCGCGCGUGUGUGUGUUUGUGUGUGUGUGUGUGUGUGUGUGUGUGUGUUGGCCAAUGCUGGUAUGUCGAUUGAGGAGGUAGCUGAGUGUAUUGGGAAAGUGCUUCUUUUUCACAGGCCAGUAGUCAGUGAUGACCAGUACUAGUAUUACAGUAUGACUUGCUAUACUAUAAUAUUCUGUUCAGUCACUUAGCAUUGGUUUGGCCAUGGCAUGAACUAAAGCAUGAUCUACAUUGUACAUGUAUGCCCAGCCUUUCUUCAACAACUGCUUCAGGUCCGAUGCUCGUGGCGCUUGAAUGUACAAGUUUUCGAUUAUUUUAGUGGUGCAGAAGGUUGACGAGGCUGCUUUUCACCA